UGUAAGGAAAAAGCUCAACACAUCCCGUGUUUCGUUUUUUUUUUUUUACCAGUUUGACAGAGAGUUGUAUGCAACCGACUGUAUCUUCUCGCAACCAAUGUGAAAAAAUCGCGCUUUUUACUUUCUCAAAGUAGUUAUAAUUACCACGUCACGAGCAACAAAGAAACAGCACCGAAUUUACUUUUUCGUCAGAGUAAAAAUACCGGAUCACUACGAACAAGAAUUAAUUUUAAUAUUGUGGCUUCUAUUUUCUCAAAGUAGUAAUAAUCAUCAAGUCAUCAUUAACAUUAAGUAUUAUUAUCCCGUCAAACAAAGUAGUUACUCAUCUUCAUUAAUACUACGAAUAAGUGGAGUCACGAGUCACCUUACUUUCUAAUAGUCAGAAUUACAAUUCAUCACUUUUUUGGUUUUCAUCAACGUGAUAAUUGUUUGCUUUGAGGUUGAAGAUUGAUUUUUCUUUUAUCUGCAUAAUUUCAAGUGAAAUUUUUGCUUUCUGGUAAAUCAUCAGCAUCAUCACCUUCACGAUCAUCAUGAUGGGGACGAUGAAGCUCUUACCACCUUCCGCUUUGUAUCCCUGUCUGGUGGCACUGUUUGUGCUGCUUUCUGGGAACGUUCUGUGCACUGCAGGGAAGCCCUCUUUGCGUGGCUCCGCAAAGUUUUCCGAUAAAUACGGAGUGGGAGCGGCAACAGACGGACACGUGAGCGCUUUGAAUGGCACUUCUUGUGCGGGUGGUGACUGCAGUUUUCUCGAGACUGGGCCUCCUGGUGCCGACUCUGGUGCUUUUAUGAAGAUGGAGGAUGAUUCAUUUUCACAGAUCAGCUAUUACUGUAGGCAUUUGCGCAGAUGAUCAGCUGCCACCGUACUAGCAGAUGAUCAGCUCCCACCUUCAUCGAUGUAGAGUUAGGUUUUCGAAAAAGUGAAUUCAUAGACAGUGUUAACCAGUUCUAAUGAUCCGCCGGGUGCACCGCGUGCGGCCCUGAUAGUUGUCGAUGUGCAGAAGUGCUUCACGGAAAAUGGUGGCUCCCCUGCUUGCGAUGCGCUCCGGCUUGGCAAGGCAGGUGACACGCUCAAUGGAGAGGGAGACCGCAGUUUGGCGGAACCAUUUUGGUGCGGCCUGCAAAACCCUAAGGGAGACGACUCAUACAAAGAGAAGGUGAUCAAAGUGGUGGAGGGGUUCCUGAAAAAUUUACGGUUAGGAUAUUUUGUAACCACGCUUACCACUACCAAGAAAGGACUCAAUAUUCAACAUUAAGCAGUAACGACACGAUGCAGUUGCAGACCGCCUUCCUUGAAAGACAGACUUGAGCACUACGUAGCCCCCUUGGUCUUCUAGGAUUGACAAGGUUACCCGUUAGCCCCUUCAGCAUUAGUGAUAUUAGUACAUUCCCAGAAAGCGGACCCAUCAAAGGCCCCCUGCGCUGGGCAUAGGUUAGCAACUAGACAGAUAAGAUAAGCGGAGUAGAGAGGCGCUGCGCCACCAAGCUAGCGACGCGCGCAGAUUUGUUAGCUUUGACAGACGGACGGCGUGCCUCUGCGUUAAAUAUAAAUUGCAUGCGCUGCUACUAUCUGUCGCUUGUAAAUUUUUUCCAGGAAUGCCGGGGAGGUCGUGCAAAUUCAUUAUUCAUGAGCAUCCGAGUGAGCUCCACGAGAAUCCAGCAAAAAAGCGGGGCUACUCUGAAGCUAGCAAGCUGGCAUGCCAUGAAUAAGCGGGGACAAGCUGGCCCCGAAUGAGGCAGCGCCUUGGCCAUGGCUAAGCCAGGAAGCUGGCUGUCGCUGUGGCUAGACGGGCAGGCGGGCUACUGUUAUGGCUAAGCUAGCAGGCUGGCCAUGGCUAAGCUAGCAGGCUGGCGCGGCCAUGGCUAAGCUAGCAAGCUUGCAGCGGUUAAGCUGGCGGCGGCUGAGGCUGAGCUAGCACGCUGGCGACGGCCACGCUAGCAAGCGAAGCUGGUGAUGACUAAGUUAGCAAGCUGGCCGUCGAGGGAGGGCUUGGUUGCUAUUAGCCUAGGGCCAUUGCAAGCGCCCCUUGGGGAGCCUUCUUAGGGAGCAUUUUCGCGUAUAGUAGCUUCUUGCUUUCAGAGUAGAAAUUCGAAGGCCAUUUCUUUAAGGAAGGCCUUUGCUGAGGCUCUUAAGAGUUUCAAGAGAAGCGCUCAUACUAUGAGUGGUGCUAGUCUUCAUACCGAUACUUACAGUUCGUCCUUAAGCACUUUGUUAAAGUACUUGAUUUCCUUACUUAAGAAGCAUCCUUUUUAAGGAAAUUCCCUAAGGGCGCUUCUUAGUGGAGUGCCAUCCUUAGGGAGGGCCCUUGGCGGGCGUCUUGAAUGGGAUUUGGCUACUUAUAGCCCUCUCCGUAAGGGCUUCUCCUUAACGGAGCAGCGACUACAGAAGUUGCGGAGCUGUCGCUUCUUCGACCCUACUAGCAAGCUGGCAAGCCCGUGGCGCCCUUCUAGGCUAUGGAGUUGCCCACGGCUUCUAAGCUAGCCGGCCAUGGCUUCUAAGCUAGCUGGCCACGGAAUCUGUUUGCUUCUAGGUAAGCUCGCUAGCGGUAGCUUCUAAGCUGGCGGCCGGUGGGAUUCAAUCUCGCCGCCGGUGGCUUCCUGGCUAGCGGCUGCGGCUCCCAGGUUAAGCAUCCAUGGACCUGAAGCUAGCAAGCUGAUUAGGACCCGAACUUUAAGCUCGCCAGCUGCCUAGGACUUCUGACUGAGCUAGCUUGCGCCGGCUUCUAAACUCUCUGCGUCUGGCUAUGCCUUCUAAGCUAGCUGGCUCAUAUGGCUCCCGAGCUAGGUAGCCGGCGAGGGCUGGCUUCUGCUCUACUGGCUGGCUACUUAUCUAUGGGCCCGGUGCUGGCUUGCCACGGCUUCGGGGCCAACGGUUUGCGGCUUCGAAGCUGGCUGUCUCGUGCGUCGGGCUUCUAAGCUGCUUCGAUAGCUAUGGCUGGCUCGUGCCUGGCUAUGGCUCCGCGGCUACGUUUGUGCGCCCGUUUGUUAGCUUUGGCCUCCCAGCUCGUUGGCGAUGGGUGGCUUUUAAACUAGCUGGCGCGCUGGCUUCUGCUUCUACGGUAGCAGUGUCUGGCCAUGGGUCAAAGCAAGCUGGGCGGCUAUGGUGUGCAUGGCUCAGCCUGCUAAGGCGGGUUAUGGCUUACUUAGUCAUCGCCAGGCAGGCCGCUCGCUUACCCCUAGUAUGCCGCUUGCUUGCUUAGCUAUACAUAGCGCAGAUCGAUGGCGGCGCGCUGGCUUCGCGUGACAGGCUAGAGCGUUUUCGUUGGUUUUCUUAUCUGUCUACUUUUCAGCAUCGGGCACCGGCGGGCCCCUGUCGGACCCGCGUGCGGGGCGUGGUUUUAGAGGGUUCCCUUCUGGAUUCUCGUAGAGAAUUUAAAAGAGCACAAAGGGGCAAAGGGGUGCCAGGCAGUGUUGCUAGGUGGGCCACAGCGAUGGCCAGCGCGCUAGCUCAGCUAUAGUCAGCUUGCUAGCUUAGCCAUUGAUAGUCAGCUUGCUAGCUUAGCCAUGUAGGCCAGCGUGCUGGGCUCGUUAGGUCCAGCUAGAAGCGCGCUAGCCUAGACAUGGCCAGCUAAUAAUCAGAUGGCCUGAAGUGGAACUGAGCUUGUUAGCCAUAAUCAGCUUGCUAGCCCAGCCAUAGCCAGCCCAGCUUGCUACGCUAGCUUAGCCGUGGCCAGCUUUCCAGUGCAUUCAAAGCCAGCUUGCCCCAACUUAGUCGUUGCCAGCUUGCUAGCUUCGGAAUAGCGCGACACCUUUGCUGGAUUCUCGUGGAGGUCACGCAAAUUCUCGCGAACUUACGCGACCCCCAUGACACUACCGAAAAAAACGGAAGCAAAGCCCAACGCCUGGCUGCGCAAUAAGGUGGGAGCACGUUCUUGUCUGACUGUUUUUUAGACAAGAUUGUCCGCGCGCGUAGCUAGCUUGGUGGCCUCGCGGCUUUCUUCGCUGGUUUGUCAUGUCUGCCUAGUUGCUAACUUUUUCUCAGUGCAGCGGGCCUUUCCUUGAUGUGCCCGCUUGCUGGGCAUGUGUCGCUGAUGCCAAUGCCGCCUCAUCGUUAUCGCAUCUCAACAGAGCGCGCCACGCUUUUAAUUACUUGCUCUCCCAGGAUGCUGCCCCUUGUCGAGAGGGCGCACCGUCUACGGGUCAUGACGUAUGAAGAGACCCGGAGGGCCCCCGGGGCCUAAUGGGGCAGCACUAUGCACCGCGCAAAGCGUCGAGAGAUGCUUGCAUGCAGCAAGUGCACCCCGCCGUGGCUUGGCGGGUAUAAGGGGCUGCGCCCGCGGCGCUGCAACGGAUGGAGCCUUCUGGGCUGGCUGGGCCGGGUAAGUCCUCGCUUCGCGCGUGCCUGCACACCCGGCCGCCGUUGGCGAGUAUUGGUCGGCGACGGCCUCGCAGCAAGUCCGCGGCGCUUGCGCUUGGGCGGCGCACGCUUACGCCUGCGCGCGCCGUGGCGCGGGGUGAAGCUUCUCGCUUGGGCCGCAGCCGCUGCCGCUUGUUGUUUCAAUUCAUAUCUCCGGGCGUGAGGGUGGCGGGCAAUUGGAUGCGGGAGGAUUGCGGGCUCUUGGGGGUAAGGCGUUGGCGGUCUGGGGCUUGUUCGUUGUUGCAUUUAGGGGCAUGCCGUGCCCCCCAGGACGGCGCGGCAUGCGGUUGUGGUUCUGCUUGGCGUUUUGGGGUGGCUUUGGCUUGGCGUGCUUGGUCCCGGCUUAAAUUACCAGGCGGGGGGCCCUUGCGGCUUCUGCCCUCGAUGGUGUGCCUGCUUCUUCGGUUGGUAUCUAUGGGCUGGGUCACUGACUUUGCGGGGCUUCGUUCUGGUGGGGCCUUGGGCACUAGCAAGCGCAACCGGACCGCGGCGCCCUUUCGUUGUUGGUCGUGUCGAGUCGUGCACCGUCGCCGUGUGUCGCUCGGUUUCUUUCUCUCUUGUUUGUUCUUUUGCCUAGCGUGCUCUUGUGCUUCGGGGUUCCUUCGUUUCGUUCUGCCCGCGGGUGCCUUGGGUCAUGGCCGUCUGAGUCUUUUAAUCGAUCGUGGUCGUCUCCUUCGUCGCAAUGGUAAUGCACAUCUUUCGAACACGUAUGAGGGGCCAGGAAAUGCCGAUCGGGUAGUUAAAAAAGCGAGGAGACUCCCUCAUAGAUACAGCGGGACGCGCGCUCUUUUGUUAUCGUCAAGCAGGGUGGCAUAAUCAUUCUUCGAGCCUGAGGUGCUGCCGCCUUGUUGUUGGCGGGUAGUUGUCGCCUCGUCUCAGCAGAUGAGAAAGGUGGAAAUGCCCUACACGCAAACGUGUGCACACAGCCAGAGAGCAGGGCACCCGCCUAAGGCGCGGCACAGGGGACAGGCCUGCCUGCGGUGGUGCGGCAUGCUCUGCGCUGAUGGGGCUGCGAUGGCGGCGGCGCGUCGUUAGUGCAUAGUCAGCAGAGGCAUCGCCUGAAAAGUCGCAGGCUUUUGCUCCUUCGUAGCACCAGUCGCUUCUGGCUCCUUUUUCGUAGUUAGGCUCCCCCCGCUGUUUGGCUCGAAGCGAAAGCGUUGCUUAAGCCUAAGUAGUGAACUAAGUGAAUGAAAAGAAUCAACCAGGGGGGGCCGCAGUGGGUCGGGCGGUUGGUGUGGGUCGUGUCUAUAUGGAGCCGCGCCAUUGGUAUACUUAGCAUCCCUCGUCGUAUCAACGUUCGUUAUAACAGCUCCCCGCGCCUUGGCUGUGUGGGCUUACUACCUAGCAGCCAAGCUCUCUGCUUUCAUUCCUUCGACCAAAUGGGGUGAUCGCUUUGCUGCAGGAUUUCCACCCUGUAAACCACGUCAGUUUCGCGCGGAGUAUUGAUGAUAUGAAGACUGGCGAAGGUGCUCGACAUAGCUAGUUCGGGCGCGUAUAAUUUGCUGGCAUAGGUUAUUCACCGUCCUGCGUCCUUCUUCCGUACCCAUCGGGCGGGGAUGCGCAUCUUGCACGCAGCGCACGCGGCUGGCCGGUGUGUGUGGUGUUUCUUUUUUCUUCUUCUCUCCAGUAUUUGUAUUCUCAUCUUGUAUCCAGUAUUCUCUAACGAUUUUGCGUUUGUGUUUUUCUGUAUUCAGUAUCCAUAUUCAUUCUAUUCGCCUUGGUCACACUUGAUGAUAGAGAGAGGGCGGAAGCACUUGAGUAGCUGCGCCACGGGCUUUUGACGCUUGAAAGUCUCAGGCCUGACUCUGAGGCCUCUGCUGAGUAGAGCUACUCCAAACAAGUCCCAAAAGCCAGCGCUUUUUGAGGCUUGCACGCCUCGCACUGCGCUUGGCCUCGUCUUGUGGAUCUUGGUAUCUUGUGUCGAAAUUUGAAAUCGUUCGGAAAAACCCGCGGUUUUUGAGUUCCUUCUCGAGGCUCUACUCAUCGAGUAGGCCUUACUCACUACUCAAUGGGUAGAGCUACGGGGAAACCCCGUAAAAAACCACUGGCUUUUGCGAGCGGUUUUCAAUUUGAGGAUCUGGCGUGAAAAGUUUAAGUUGGGGGCUUUGAAUCCUCAAAAGCCACCGGCCUUCGGAGGUCGUUUUGAGUAGCCGAGCCGAAGGCCUCGAGCUUGCUUUUGUGGUCUUCAAUCCUCAAAAGCAAGCGGCUUCUGUGGGAGGGUUGUUCUGGGGUGCCGCACUCUCUCAAACAAUGCCUUACUUUCAGAGUUAGUUUUCAAUCCCCAAAAGCCAGUGGCUUUUGCGGGGUGUUUUGCGUAGCGCUACCCAAAAAAGGCUGCAAGCUUCGGGCUGAGGCUUUCAGGCGGCUUCUGGCGUUAGUGUGUUGCAGGCGCUGUCUUUUCGAUUAAGUCUUGGUGCUAGUUCUUUCAGUAAAGCCAGCCAAAUUCUUCCGCGCAUUAGUUUUCUGUUGCUUUCUGAGAGUUAUGACUGACUCACCCAUUUCUUUUCGCCUACUUCCCUGCCUCGCUCCUCUCCUUUAGUUAUCUACCUUCGCAGCGCAGUCGCCCACACGCUUCCUGGCGGCCUUCGAUUCGCGCGCCUCUUGGCGUCUGGCGUUUCUUAUUUCAUUGGCCCAGAUGAAUCUAUUUGCCGCGAGUGGGCGAGUCUGACUGUCGCGCUGACAGCACUAGCAAGAUAAUACUCGCCAUGUCGUAAGUCAGCACCUUCGCAAUAUCGUCCACGCCCGCAGAUAGAAAGGUCGAGCUCCUAAACAAGGAAGGCCUGACACCACUUAGAAUGUGCAAGCGAGCCAUGGAUGUCGACAAUCGGAAAGCGCGCAUUUCGAAAAAAGACGCUGCCGUCAUGAGUGAUGCCUUAUGUUGUAGAGAUACCUAAGUGAGAGUGCUAGUUGAGCUCCUUGAGGCCACUUCGAUUCAGAGGAGAGCAGCCGCCUGCAGCCGGGGACGCUAUACUGCCACCGCUCGCACACUUGUCCCCGCCGCUCGUAACUCCCACGCACUGUGAUAGGGCUCCUUCUCCUCCACUGUUUUUCCACUCUAGUAUCGGCUUCUCGCUGCGGUCGUCGUUAUCUCGCAGCAGCGCUGUGCCUCGUGCCGUGUGGUGGGGUGGUGUGAAUCUUACGCCGCUGCGCAAAGCUGUCAGAACUAAGCGCGAGGACCCCGCGGGAGCACCUCGAGGACCCGUCGCGCCAGUCUCGCGAGCGUGGGAAUGUGUCUUGCGCGCGGAAGAGGGUGUUAUCUGGCGGGCGGGCGUCGCGCGCCGCGAGUGCGUCGGGGGGUGGGUCGGGGUGGGCCGCGCCUUCCGCGUGGGUGUGUGUUCGCUGUGUUUUGUGUGUCCGCGCCGUAUAUCAUGCGCCGGAGCCAUGUCCCCCGUGGUGUUUCUUGCGCGCUUCGUUUUAUUGCCAGUUGUCGCGCGGUGGUUGGGCAGUGUUGUGUGUGUGUUUCGGCUGCGUGACUGAGUCUGUUUGUGAGCUGCUUUCGAGCUGUAUAUUAUGAGCGGCGCUGUUGAGUUGGUUGCGCCUUGUCGGGUGGUUGAGCGACUUUUGGAGCGGGGGUGAGGGUAGGGUCGAAAACACGGGGACCCUAUAACGCCUCGAGGGCGGAUUGGCCUAGAGGCGCAUGGGGCUAGUCAAAUAGGUUAGCGCGGGCUGCCCAGGUUGACACACUCACUGGGGCGCGGCUUGCUUGCUGAAAAGGUGUCGCCUGAUGGCUGGGGUGAAACAUGGUGAAGCAAGACGGGAUGGGCCCGGGUGGGCUGGCUGCGGUUCUCUGUUCCAUAGGAUUUCUGUCCUCCGCCAAUGGGCUUCGCUUCUCUCUCUUUGUUCCUCGCUCUGCUCGUUCUUCUUCGAAUUCGAUGGCCAUUCGUGGCACUAGCUCGCUUCCGAAUAUUUUCAGCAGUGUCUGAAAAUGCCACCGCUUUUUUCGGCUGUCGAGUAAGUAGGGUCUUGAGCAUGCCUCUGCCAGGCGUUUGCGCAGUGGUCAGACAGACCGGUCCGAAAGGGAGGCUCGCUUUGCAUCCGCUCGCCUGUUCUCUGUUCUCUUUUGUGUUCACGCGUGACCGGCCCGGAGGGCUUUCCGUAGAUGCAAAGGCCGCAGCCUAGUCAGCCCCGCAACGGCGUUAUACUUCUUCUUUACGCGGGCGGCUGAAUUGAUGAACCGCGUUAAUUACAAUUGUGGCAGCCUUCUAAGCUACGAGUGGGUAGAGGCGGAGAAAGAGCUUCUGGCCAGGCUUCCGGGAGAGGGAAAGGGCGGAGGAGAUAGAACGCACUGCGACAUAAAUGAUGAUAGUGAGGGGCCUAUACUUCAGCAGAAACUCUUUCCUGGUCAUUGCCUGAUGGACAGUGGGGAAGCCCUGCACAUUGAUGACCUUUGUGCACUGGCCGGGGGCAUAAUUCAGGAGCAGUCGUGUGUGCCAUCUUAUGGUGGAGAGUAUACUCUUGUCGAUUUUGUAGGCUUCAGAUGUGCAGAGAAUCUUGUUACAUGAAGCUGGUGCCGCUACUAGGUAUAAGAGCGACAACGGCUGGGCAAAUCUGUGCGCUUGGCGCGUGUCCAUCUUAGUCCGAGGACAAACACCCGAGGGAGAAGUCAUGAGGGCCGAGAGAUGCUAAGUCAGCGAGUUUUAGGCCGCGCCAAUUUUUAUUGCCCCCGCAGCUUUCCCCAGUGGUAUUCCCCCGCAGGCUUGCUAAUUCGCCAAGGCGAUGCAGGUAGCCGCUUGGCUGGCGUGCAUUCACUGAGGGAAGAAACCCUUCGCGCGCGCGUAGGGAGGGCGGACGCCUUUGCCCACUGUAUUCUGUAACAGUCCCAUGAAGAACACCCCCCCCGCACCAACCGAGAAAACCGACGGCGUGCCCGUGCUAAGGGGGCCCAAAACGAAGCCAGGAAAGGGCGCCGCCCGCCGUCCACAAAAAUGCUGCGAAAAAUAGCAGAAAACACGCCGAAGCAGCAGGCGCGCCAGGGUGUUUCGGUUGGUUUUUUGUGGUGUGUCGUUCGUAUAUGUACCACUCGUGGGGGGCGGGAUUCUUUUUCUCUUUUUAUUUUGUGCGCCUGUCUAUCGCGCUGUCCCCCGUCUCCCCUGGCGGCUGGUGGGUGCUCUGUUUUCGCGGCUUGGGCCCUUCUGCGUGGCCUCACUUGGCGCGCCGUGUCUGAUCUUGGCGGAAGGAGAUUUUAGCUGACCUCGCCGGGGCCCGCCUCGUGUGUUUGUUUGUUGGAGAAGAGUUGAACCUGGCGACAUGGCGUUUGAUUUGUGUUUGGGUUUUUACUUUCCGGCCAGACAAAGGCGCCCCAGCGUCGUCGGCUGCCUCUGCUUUGCUUUUGGUGUCUUCUGUCUCUCUGCCUGCGUCCGUCUGCCUGGGUUUGUCGGGCUGCGCCGGUGGGUUCGGUGGGUGUGAAGGGUGUCUGGGCGUUUCGUGGCCUCGCGUUGUAUGCUGCCUCCCCCCAUUGUGUUUCGUUUCGGUUGUGCUCUGGUGCAUUUUUAUAGUGCUUGGGCUUGGCUUCUCUUGGUUCGUGCAUCUCGUUCGGGUGUUUUCCCAGAAUUUUAGGGCUGCGUGUUCCCUUCCACUCUUCCUCUUUCAUAGUCGUCAAAAUCCUUGGGCCCGGGCCGAUGGCGAAAAGCAUGGGAACCUGUAUGUGGUGCGAAAGGGCUGGCAUAUGGAGCAUGACUCCCUUGGCGGGGUGUACGAUGAUCGCGGGUUGGAGGACAAGGGCUUUCGUGGAAACGGAGAAGGAAAUACUGAGUUCGAGAAGUAUUCGAAUGGCCUGGCUGAGUGGUUGGAGCACAAAGGCGUCAAAGAAGUCUUUCUCAUGGGUAUCGCCGACGAUUUCUGCGUUAAGGCGACCGCAGCGGGCUUGCGCGAUGCAGAGGUGCUCAACGAAAUUGCGCCGAAACUUCAGUUGGACAAGGUUACCCACCUGCGUGAUGUCUCGUUCGGAAUAUUUGCCGAGCCUCGUACUUAUGAGCAUAAGCUAAAUCCAGCGACGUGCUUUACUUAGUAAUAGUACUGCUCUUCUUGUCUCCAAGUAUUAAAAACCGCCAGCCUGAAAACUUGGACGCGGAUACGAUAGCCCCCAGCUUUGGCCAAUAACUACUACCAAUGCUUGCUUCCCAGUUGCCGCCAGCCUUAAUAAAGCCCGGGCGCCUAUACCAUAAAUACUUAAUGCCCAGGCUUUACCCGUAAGUGCCGACGCUUCCCAGUACUUCUCAGCUUGAAAGCCGGGGCGCUUGUACUAGAAUGCCAUCAAGGCUCGCCCAGUAGAUUAGUUACUACCAAUCCUUCCUCUUAAUGGAACGCUUUGCGGGCUCCGCCCGUGCCCAGCUUUGCCCAAUAAUUCCCACUAACUCCAAGCUUCAGGAGUUAGCGGGACUCGGUGGCGACUAUAGCUCGCUCAGCUUUUCUUGACAAUUCUCAGCACUAGUUACCAGUUGGCGCGGCAGCUGGGUACGCAUCUAAUCUAUUAGGCAGAACUGCGUAUGAGGUUGGUUAGGUGAAACGGGGGAUGCAUGGGGCGAAGCUUGGGGGGUAUUUUAUAUAACGGGGGAAGCGUGGGGAAAAGAGGAAGAGGUAUUGGCCAAAGCUUGGGAGAUUUUUGGUAAAUUAGGGAGGGAGUAUUGGAUAGAAAUGGGGAAGAAUUGGGAAAAGCUGGGACUGGAUUUCUUAAAGCGGUUAAAUAGGUCUGACAGCUACCUGGUCUUAGCCUCAGCCAAGAGGCUUAGCUUUAGACAGUUGUGCCCAGCUUUUGCUAAUUGUACAUGCCCAGAAAGCGGGCCCACCAAGGGCCCGCUGCGCUGGGCAUUGGUUACGUAACAACUAAGAGACAGAAAGACAAACGAAAAAAGCCGCCAAGUCUGCUCGCCAAGGCUGGGAAGCUGGCCCCCAUCGUGGCGAGGCUAGUGAGGAGGCUACCGCGAUGGCCACUGCCUUGGCCGACUUGCUUGCUAGGGGCAAGCCAAUGGGCGCCAAGGCUGGCCCGCUGAGCGUCAUGGAGUCCAUGAGAAAGCCACGCUUGGACAUAUGUAGGCACAGAGGUUGGGCCCUUUUGAGUGUGAUCAUGUCCAGGAGAAUCUUAAGGCAUAGCAUACCCAUGGCAAAAGGCUGACACUGGCGAGCGCCAUGGAUGAGCCCACGAGAAGGCCACGCUUGGGCAUAUCUAUGCGCAGGGCCAGAAGCUGGGCCCAACCUUCAGGCGCGGAGAUGUAUCUAUAAGCUUGGCUGCUUCAUGGACAUGAUGCAAGACGCCCACCACGGUCCGCGCCUCAGACAUGCAAGGGCUCACAGUCAUCAUUCUCACAGACAUCGACGCCCUCGGCCUUCAGCCUUCGCCGAUGGAGAUGCAUGCGCUCGGCCUUCUCGUGGACAUGAUGACGCCCGCCAGGAUCCCCCCUCAAAUAGGACACGCAAGCGCUCGUGGCUAUCUUACUUUCUCACAGGCAUCGAGAUCGACAUCCGCAACGGCUUCGACUUUCACGCACAAAGGAAAGCUGUAUACCUUUGGCCUUCUCAUGGAUGUGCUGACGCUCACCAGGGUCCACCCUUGUUCAGACACGCGAGUGCUUACGGCUAUGCAUCAUUCUCACAGACAUCGACAUCCUUAACGGCUUCGACCUUCAAGCACGGAGAUGCAUGCCCUUGGCUUCCUCAUGAGUAUGGCGAUGCUCACCAGGGUCCACCUUCCAGAACUGCAAGGGCUCACGGCUAUCAGUCUCACAGACGUCGACAUCCUCAACGGCUUCGACACUCAAGCACAAAGAUGGAAAUCUUUGGCCCUUUCAUGGAUAUGAUGACGCCCACCAGGGUCCGCCCUUCAGUCAUGCAAGUGCUCACGACUAACAUCCCCACAGACAUCGACACCCUCAACGGCUUCGACCUUCAGGCACCGAGAUGCAUAUCUUUGGCCCUUUCAUGGGUGUGAUGAUGCUCACCAGGGUCCACCCUUCAAACGUGCAAGAGCUCACGGCGAUCAUUCUCACAGACAUCAACAUCCUCAACGGCUUCGACCUUCAGGCGCAGAGGUUUAUAUCUUUGGCCUUCUCAUGGAUAUAAUGCAUGAGGCUCACCAGGGUCCACCCUUCAGCCACGCAAGUGCUCACGGCUAUCAAUCAUUCUCACAGCCAUCGACACCCUCAAGCAGCGGCUUCGAUUUUGAAGCGCAGAGAUGUAAAUCUUUGGCCUUCAUCUCAUGAAUCAAUAUGAUGAAGCCCGUCAGCCUCUACAAUUUCAAGUGCUCACCCGGCCCUCUCCCUUGCAGUUCUCCCACUUUUGUGCUGGUUGGGAGUUUACUGGCUAACCAUCUCCAAGGGCUGCCGCGCGCUCCUGUGCCGUGGUCGAUUGCUGUGCGCGGAAGGUAGUCGCGGAAGGGGAGCGGGCUAAAUCCUUUUCAAAAACUUCAGGGAGGUCGUUUAGUUUUCUCUGUAUUUGAAUGACCUCCCUGAAGUUUUUGAAAAGGUGCAAAGGCGCUGGGCGGUGUAUAUUAUAUAUAACAAGGGUAGCAGCUGGCAGUUCGUUGGGGCGAUUCGCUAGGGGUGGGCGCGUAGUGUCUUGCUGCGGAUGUUGCUGGUGUACGUGAGUAGCCUACAAACCAACAGCCGCGAACACGUUAACGCGUUCGCGGUACCUUUGAGCUCGUAGCACUAGCAAGGGCCACCUUAAAGAGCCGCUGUUAUUGGCCUAAGUUUAUCACAGCUUGUCGCUUUUUCCUCUUAAGGAAAGUCACAGUAACUUUUUAUAAUAGGAAAUCCUUAAGGAGACUGAUUUCCUUAAGGGAGCUCCCUAAGGAAGCUUUUUAGGAAAUUUCCGCCAAUUGCUAAUGCUAUAAAUACUAAUAUCCAGCUUUCGCGUUAAUAUAUGGAGAACAGACUCAGUGUACUUAUUACGCCGAAAAGUGUUUUACAUUAGCCGGCGGCGCUAACCAGAAGCAUCUCGUGAGGGAGGUAGACAUUUUUUGCACCACAUCUCAAUAUUGUAGAAGAAACGAAGGCAGCCCCCGUCAGACUCCGAAGAGCUCUAACGUUUCGAAACCACACAGAAAGACCUGGAGCUGGCCACGGAGUACGAGACGAAGUUGCGAGUCGACCUCUCCAGCGCGGCGGAACAGGGGUUCCUCGACCCGGCGUGA